AUGGCUGAAAAUGUCAAGAGCUCUGAAUCCGGCCACUGCAGCGACGCGGAAGAGGCACUCGAGGCAGUGCCUUAUUCUAGUAGAAAUUUUAGUGGAAAUCGAGCCGUAUUUUUGCGUACGGCGUAUCGGCGUAUGUCCAAAUAUCUGGCACAUUCGAGCAACGGCAGCAGCUCAAAUGGGGUCUGCAGCAAUGAAACCAUUAAUCUAGAUUCUGAAACAUCGACCGUCGAGUCCGGUGGGUCAGUGAGUACCGCAAGUCCCGGAAAGCGAAGAGGUUUCAGUGGGCGGCGAUGGCUCGGGCUUAAAGGCAAGCAGUCCCAGGGUAAGGCGGACAAGGCUCCAGGCGGGGCGCAAUCCCCGGCCGCAGCCGAGAAGCCGGUGCAACUCAAGAAAAUUCCAUCUGAAAAGAAACUUCGUUUGCCAUACGUGAAUGACAACGGACGCGAGGACAGUACCGAAGGCCCGCAAGGUGGCGCUGCAGCCCUGGACGAGGCAGAAGAUGACGCCCCCGACGUAGAACUGCCGCCGCCAAUGAAACCGAUUCAGGAUCCGCAAUCGGUGCUCCAGCAAGCACCGACGCCGGCUGCCGUCGCUUCGGCUCCAACAACUCGCAACUCCUUGGCAUUGGACGUCCUGGACUCUAACGGUGGUCCGGCUGAUAUCGCGGAAAUUGAGCAAAUAGUCAAAGAAAAAAUGGAACAGCACGGUGGGGCUGGCGCUUCUAGCGGCGCUAGUGGGGGAACGAACGGCGGUGAGGAGGUGGAGCCAGUCACUCCCGGCCCGGACGGCGCCGAAGCCAUCCUCAAGAAGCGAGAUUAUGUGCUCCGCGAGCUCGUCGACACCGAAGAGCUCUACGUGUCCGAUCUCCGCCUCGUUUGUGAGGGAUACAUGCGCCACAUGGCGAAUCCGGCAGCCGACCCGCCUCUACCAGAAGGGCUUCGCGAUCGUCGCCACCGCAUGAUAUUUGGGAACAUCGAAGCCAUUUACGAGUGGCACCGAGACAAAUUCUUACUGGAGCUCCAAAUCUGCAAGAAAUCGCCGGAGCUGCUUGGGUCUUUAUUCCGUCGCUUCCUAGAGAAGAGGAUGUUCCUCUACGAGGCUUAUUGCCGCAACAAGCCCGUCUCUGAAUACAUCGUUUCCGAGCAUGAACAAUAUUUUCAAGAACUGCGGCACAAAUUGGGCCAUAAGCUGCAGCUGCCCGACCUUCUGAUUAAGCCCAUUCAGCGCAUUCAAAAGUACCACCUGCUGGUGAAGAAGAUCUUGGCUUACUCCGAGAGCGCCAAUGCCCCUGAGAGCGUGAUAUUGGCUCUGCAAGAUGCCGUCUUGUGCACUUCCAUUAUUCCGAAAAACGCCAAUGACAUGAUGGACGUCGGCCGCUUACAGGGCUUUACGGGGAACAUAACAUCGCAAGGAAAGUUGCUAAUGCAAGAGCUUCUCGUGGUAUCCGACGCUACCAGCAACGAUAAGGGCAAGGAACUGCACGUGUUCUUGUUCGAACAGUGCGUCAUCUUCAGCGAGGCCGUCGGCAAAAAGAACCAGUUCACCAGCCCCACAUAUAACUACAAGGCUCAUGUGCAGGUCAACAAAAUGGAACUGGAGGAGCUGGAGAACAACGGUGCAUUCAUCAUUCACUCGGUGGAUCCAAACAAGCCGAAGCAAUCGUUCUUGUGCCGCGCCCCUGAGGCCCGUCGCGCUCAGUGGACCACAACUUUGUCUACCAUACUACGUUCCCAACGUAUAUUCGGCGAGGCCUUGGAGAAUCCAGGAGCUUAUCUACGGGAACUACAUCGAGAUCAGGCGCGCGAUCCCGCUGCCGUGGGUGAGGGUUGGAGUGGACUACGUAAGACGGAGAGUGUGCCUCCGUGUUUGGGGGGGCGCUUGGCCCCUGAACUCCGAGGGCGAUCGCAGCGCCCCCACACUAAGGCCAACACUAUCAAUCUGCCCACCGGCACUGUACGCAGCGAUGACCGCAAGAAGACGCCCAGUGCGGCAGUGAGCCCUACUUCGCCGCCGCACGCUAACGGGUUAUCGAAGCGAGCGUGGGGCUUGAAGUUGCGGCGGGGUGGCAGUAGUGGCAGUGGCGGCAGCGGUGGGGGGGAACCGAGCGCGGACGGGUUGGUCACUGAGCUCCGUCCACCGGAGCUCCUUGAGCCGGCGGUGGACGUGACCGCAGCGCCCGGCUCUAGCGCGACCAUAUCAUGCCGCGCGAACGCGACCCGAGCUACCGCCUCCUGGAGGAAGACCGCACCAGAGACCAGAGCGCUGAGACACGGGGGGCGUUUCGCUAUCUCGCUCGCACCUGACGGUCUCGCGUCGCUAACAAUACACGCGUGCCGCGCGUCUGACGCAGGCGUGUACUGUUGCCUCGUGAGCAACGAACUUGGCGGGGUACAGAGCUCGGCCCGACUCACGGUGGGCGCGGGAGGGACGCCAGGAGUGCCGACUGUCCGCGCGCACCCCGGCGGAGGACUGGUGGUCCAGUGGGAUGAGUCUGCGCCAGUUCAUCUUGAAUACUGCCGCGUAGGCGAGGGGGAGUGGCGACGCGCAACGGAGACCCCCGCUGCGGCCAGCACACUCGCACUAGAAGAACUUCCUGCCGGACAAUACAGUUUCAGGCUGGUGUGCUCGCGCGGCGGGUGCGGGCCGGCGUCGGCGGCGGCGGCGUGCGGCGGCGGCGGCGGCUGGCAGCGCGAGCAGUUCGCGCGCCGCUACGCGCUUGCCGAGGAGCUGGGCCGCGGCCGCACGGCGCGCGUCGUCGCAGCGCGCGACACCGGCACCGGCCACCGCGUCGCGCUCAAGCAGGUGGCAGCCGGUCGAGGAGCGGACGCCGUGCGAGAGUACCGCAUCCUUUCCCGAGGUGCCCACGCGGCCGUAGUGAGGGCACUGGCGUUGUUCGCGGAAGUCCCACGGGCGGGCGCCCACACUCUGGUGCUCGAACUAGUGGGCGGUGGACCGUUACUGGACUGGGCGGCCACCUCUUCGCAAUACACGCAGCGCACCGUAGCCCAUCAUACGAAAAGUCUGCUCUCCGCGCUCGACUGGCUGCACGCCAACGAGGUCGCGCAUCUAGAUGUUAGGCCGGAAAAUAUUCUAGUAGAACUAGGCGGGGCACAACCUCAGUUAAAAUUGGUGGACUUCGGCUCGGCGGUAGAAACGGGUGAAACGGGAGCAAGCACGGUGAGGGAUGUUCUGCCCCCUGCACCUGCUCAGUUGGAAUUCGCACCCCCGGAGUGUGUCCUCGGUCGCCCACCGACACCCGCCUGGGACGCCUGGGCCGCGGGCGUUUUUCUAUACGUAUUCCUAACCGGGCUGUCGCCGUUCCUGGACGACUCGAUCGAGGAGACGACGGCGAACAUUAUCAAGUGUGACUACUGCUUCCCAGCGGAGCACUGGGGCGGUGUGGACGAGCGCGCGCAGGCGCUCAUCCGCGGUCUGCUGGCGCCCGCGCCCGCGCACCGCCUCGCUCCGCGGGCUGCGCUUGACGACCCCUGGCUCGACGAGGCGCCAGCGACUCCGUUGUCAGCAACACAACUGAAGACCUUCUUGGAUCGACGACGGCCGGCGGGUCACGGCAACGCAUUGCACUCCCUACGCUCACCUGACGACACAUGA